AUGAAGAUUUUUUAUUACCUUUUCCACGUUCUGUGUUAUGUGACCUUCAUCCUGCCAGCUACAUGUUCCUUCGUGGAUCCUGAUCAGUGCUCAAAAUAUAUGGGUCAAUGUAGGAGAACCUGUGAUGAAAGUGAAAAGCGAAUUGAUCUAUGUUUCUCACCACGUAUGUUCUGCUGUGUUGAGAGGCUAUUUGAAGAUGAUUAA